AUGGAGCAUCUAGACAACGAGAACGUACUAGCAAUAGUGCGCCCAAAUAACGAGACAAUAUUCUGGCUGGACAACGUUCUUCAAGUCGGACCAGAAUGGAAGACUCCAGGGCUCGUUGACAAAUGUAUUGUCAUCACCCUACAUGAAAGGCCCUUCACCUCCGCUGGAGUCGUCUUUGGAAGGGGCAAAGAUUGUGAAGUGGUCAUCGCGAAAGAGGUGAAGGCGGUUUCUCAGGAUGCUAAAUCUUUCCCAAAAAGACCUCUGCCAGUCGCUCUUAGGCAAGUUCACUUUUCAAUUGGACUGGAUCACAAGUACCGUCUUGUUGCCCGAGACUUGACCGAUGGCCAGGGCAUACGAGUAAUAUACGGCAAAUGUGAAAAUACGACCGACGUCCACAAUGCCGAGUGGAUACUGGCAGGGCCUGGUGUCCCGGUCAGGUACAGAGAAAGCCAACUCGAGCCGUGGCGGUUGAGAAUCGUUGUUCAAGACGAAACGAUUUUCGAUAUACUCCCUGGCAAGGCCCUUCAGGGCCUUCAGGCGCGAGACAUGCAGGCACAACUGUUCAGGCAAGGGAAGGACCCCAACGGUCCAUUGUCGCGGCAAGUGCCUAUUACAGUCCCAAGGUACUUGAAUGACGGGCGAUCGAUCGAGACCGAUGUUGGAAAAGGCGGCUUCGGUGUCGUGAAGCACUGCUGGAACCCCUUCACAAGCAAACAAUAUGUGGUGAAGCGUCCGGAUCCGGAGUGGACGUUUAAUAGGGGGCAGUGGAAGCAGGAGGCGCGGGUUAUGGACCUGGCUCGACAUCCUCACAUUGUCGAGUUCAUGGGCGGCGCAGACUUCGACACGACUCCGUGCAUCGCCAUGGAGCACGUGGCGCUUGGCGCAUUGCGAGGCCAUACAGGCAUCACACGUAUCGAAGCCCUGAUAAUUCUUCGACAAUGCACGUCAGCGUUGUCGUUCCUCCACGGCCACCAACCUGCUAUCAUCCACAGGGAUAUCAAACCCCAUAAUAUCCUUGUUCAACAGAGAGGUGAAGGAGGACCAAAUGGCCACAUUGUGGUCAAGUUGUGCGACUUUGGCCUCGCCCGCGAGAUGCCGCGUGAAAAAAUCACGUCGAAGCCAGGUUCGCUGCCAUAUGAACCGCCGGAGUAUCAUCCAGUGGGUGGCUGUCAACCGUCGCUUGGCGUGAUGAUAGACAUAUGGUGCCUAGGGCUCGUGACCUUUGAACUUGUCAGUGGCAUUAAGCCUGUCCACACUGCGGAAGUGUACAAAAAGAAACAAGUCGGCAUCAGGAUGGGAAAGCCGAUGCACGACAAGAUAGUGGGGGACCUACACCGAUUUGCCGACAAUAACAACCAAGGCGACUUCACAAUUCUCAAGAAGAUGCUCGCUAUCAAUCCUGACGAUCGGAUCAGCGCCGAGGUGGCCCACAGACUGGCUGAGGGGAUGGACAUCUCCGCGUUCACAGCGGCGCAAACUGUCGUUGCUACGGCUACGGCUACGGCUACAGCUACAGUUCCAGCUACGGCUACAGUUCCAGCUACGACUACAGUUCCAGCUACGGCUACAGUUCCAGCUACAGUUCCAGCUACGGCUACAGCUACGGCUACGGAGCCUAACACUGUGGUAGGCCAAGCUCAGCCCUUGGUCGAUCAAGUAGACCAAGGCGCCGCGAAUGACAUGAGGACGUUGUCGAUUGCAGAGCAACGACCGGCCAAAAGGAAGAGGGGGAACUGA